AUGUCUGAAGCUAUGAGCCACAACCUUCCUGAGCAUAUGAGCGACGAUCGCACUAAUCUCGAACUGUUGCUGCAAUUGGGGCUUUCCCAGACCGCAAUCAGCGAAGGUCCCAUAGCCAAAUCCCAGAGCCACCUGAGUGAUCGAACAUACGUCAAGGAAGAAAGUGCGAGCCCUACCUCUACCCCGAAAACUUCCCGAAAGCGUCACAGCAAGCACGAUGGUGAUACAGCCGAGUAUUACUCAGAGCGUGCUCGUGAAGACGCACAUCGUGGUCGUGAAGCAGCCGCCCAAAGGGCCAAUACUCCAGAGUCAGCUAAACGCGCCCGAACUCGUCAGGCGUGUGAUCGUUGCAAGUAUCGUCGUCUUGCCUGCGACCCCAACCCCGGGGGCUGCGCUGCCUGUUCAAAUGUAGAUCUUCCCUGUCAGAUGACCGAUCGAGUCACUGGCGAGACACUGGUCCGUGGGGAGGUCAAGAGGCUCAGAGCCAAUUUCGCUGCUCUGUUGAAGACCGUUACGGAACUGCGUGAGGAAAACCAAAGGCUGCAUGGGCUGCUACAGGCCUACUUUGAUCAGUGCCAGGUAGGAAAGACCAAUGUUCAGAUCAACGAGAUUGAUAUGGGGUUGGCAGAACCAGCCUAG